CUCAGUUCAAACGUCCUUGUUUAUGACGAGGGCAAAACGGGCAAGACGAAAACCUCGCGAUCUCCGCCUCCAGGCAGGCAGGCAGCCCAUCCGCCCGCCCUCCCGUCUUCCUUCCUCCCCGGCUUCCCGCACACACUGACCCACCUACCUCCGCCUCGCCCACCUCUAAAAUCCCCCCACCGACCCCCCGCGGCCCAACCAAACCCGCCCACUGAUUCGCGAGGCGCGGUAGCGAGGGGCGAGGCCGCGCGCAGCCAUGGACUUCCUGCAGGGGCAGAGCACCGAGACCAUGGUGGCCGUCGCCGUCGCCGUCGUCGCGGUCGCCGCGGGCGGCGCCUUCCUCCUCCUCCGAUCCGGGAAGCCCAAGGGCUGCUUGGAUCCUGAGAACUUCAAGAAGUUCAAACUUGUUGAAAAGAAGCAGAUAAGUCAUAAUGUCGCUAAGUUCAAAUUCGCUCUUCCAACUCCAACUUCUGCAUUGGGCCUUCCAAUUGGUCAACAUAUCAGUUGCAGAGGACAAGAUGCUACAGGUGAAGAAGUAAUCAAGCCUUAUACCCCUACUACCUUGGAUUCUGAUCUUGGAUAUUUUGAGCUUGUCAUAAAGAUGUAUCCUCAAGGGAGAAUGUCCCAUCAUUUCCGUGAGAUGAAAGUUGGUGAUUAUUUAUCCGUGAAGGGACCUAAGGGUCGUUUCAAGUACCAAGUUGGCCAAGUGAGAGCAUUUGGAAUGCUGGCUGGUGGAUCAGGCAUUACUCCAAUGUUCCAAGUUGCCAGAGCAAUUCUUGAGAACCCUAAUGACAACACCAAGGUUCACUUAAUCUAUGCUAACGUCACAUAUGAAGACAUUCUUCUGAAGGAAGAGCUGGACAACAUGGCCAAAACCUAUCCUGAUCGAUUUAAGAUCUACUACGUUUUGAAUCAGCCUCCUGAAAAUUGGAAUGGUGGUGUUGGGUUUGUGUCCAAGGAAAUGAUCCAAUCUCACUGCCCAGCGCCUGCUGAUGACAUUCAGAUCUUGAGAUGUGGUCCUCCUCCCAUGAACAAGGCAAUGGCAGCACACCUUGACGAGCUCAGCUACACAAAGGAGAUGCAGUUCCAGUUCUAAGCAACGCUGAGCUCGCAAAUAAUAAUUGGUGAUCGGCAUGGUUCUUUGGUUAGGGGAACGGUUUCUGACCGUUUGUUGACAUUAGGAAUUCAGGAUUGCAUGAUCAUUUAGUAUUGCGACUGCAACUUUUGCGAUCCCCAUUUUUUAGGGCUAAUGUUAUCCCCCUCGAGGGAAAGCCCACGUUGGCAGAGACUCCAUUGUUACUAUUAUUGAUUUGAAAUGUGUAACAUUGGAUGCUAUAAGAAACAUCACAUUACCACAGAUGAGCAAUGCAGGGGACCUUGUACUUUUGGAA